AUGGCGCCCCGACUGUCUGAUGCUGACCAUGAGAUGAUAGAGGCUAUGAUUCAACGUGGUGAGGCGACUAAACAAAUAGCCCAGUCUAUCCCGUGCGACCCUCGAACCGUCCGUAAAGCUAAAGCCAGGUAUCGGCUGUUCGAAUCGACAAAGGCGCCCCCGAACCGCGUCGGACGUCACAAGAAGGUGACGCCUUACAAACGUGAUGCCUUGCUCGACAGGCUCACCGAGCAUCCUACCACCGAUCGGAGCGAGAUGGUGUCGUUCCUCCGUGAUCAGUUCAAGGACGAGGUGUCUCUUUCCACCAUCAGUCGUUCGUUGAAGGAUGCCCGAUGGACGCGAAAGAACUGCCAUCCUGUCGCCCAGCAACGGAACCCGAAGCUUCGAGACCUAUACCUCUACAAACUAGCCAAAUACAGAUCGUACCAGAUGAUCUUCAUCGAUGAGUCGGGUGCCGAUAGACGCGUCGGCUUCCGCAAGAAGGGAUGGGCUCCAAGCGGAGUGACACCGAUACAGAUUGGCAGGUUUAACCGCGAACAGCGAUACCAGAUCCUCGCUGCUUACACGCAGGAUGGUAUAGAGCUGGCCCGCGUCUAUCCUGGUUCUACUGAUUCCGCUCUUUUCAAGGACUUCAUCGAGCAGCUGUUGCUUAGCUGCGGCCGAUGGCCACAGGAGAAGUCCGUGCUCAUCAUGGACAAUGCAUCUUUCCACCAUAACGAUGAACUGGAGCCGAUGUGUGCUGAAGCUGGAGUGGAGUUAGUCUACCUGCCCCCAUAUUCACCAGACUUCAACCCGAUCGAGGAGUACUUUGCAGAGCUGAAGAACUUCAUCAAGAAGCCUGGACCGGAGCUCUCUGAGCUGUUCAAGAAGGACUUCCGGGCAUUCAUACAGGCGUGUGUAGAGACAGUAGGAAACCGUAAAGAGAGUGCUAGAGGCCAUUUCCGUCACGCUGGGCUCGCUAUUGACGAGUACAUGGAGCAACGGCAAUAG